AUGGCUGUGGGACAUACACGCCCGUACAAGAAUUGGCGUACACUGCUGUGCCGCUGUGUAACCCCAGACAGUGUGAGAGGCACUGUUGGGUCCCUGAAUGCGUGGCUGGGCUGCAGCGUUUCUCAGGGUCAAGCAAGACAUCGUGCUUUGGCACUUUUGCUUAUAGUGGCCUUUUUUCUGAGUUAUACUGUAGCCGCCGCCAGCAGCAGCAGCAGCAGCAGCAGCCGCGGAAUGACGUCUUUGGGGUAUUAUCAGGCUGCCUCUGAUAGUCCUACUCAAGGCCCUCUGGCGAUUAUCACGAACUGCUUUCCCGACGUUGUACUCUGCAUUACAAACAUUACAUACUUUUGUGUGAUCGACAACACAGCUGCACUGAUGGGCAGGAAGCUUCGCGUCUCAUACUACUUUGAAGGAAUGCUUAACGGUGGCUGGCCGGCUACGUUGAUUCGUGAGUCAAACCUCAUUCGUUUCGUGCCUAAUACCGCAGCCACUCCUGGAAGAGCUGAUAUUGUAAUCACAACCACUUUGAAAGAAGAGUUUCCGGUACUGCUUCCGCUGACAAGCAAGUGGGGCAUGCAGAUCAUCGAUAACGAUGCAACUGAAACCGUUUUUUAUGCACCCGCGCCCUACUAUGGACAACGAGUGACGUGGCACACGAACUUUCCCAAGAGUAAUUCCGUUGAGAGCUACCUUCUGGUUAAGGAUACUAACUCCUUUUCAGCGAGCUGCGACUCCUGUACUCCUGAGAUUGGAUGCUACAACGUUACAAUUACGCGGAUGCUGCCUCCACCAGGCAACUACUCGCUGUGUAUAGGGGCGUCAGGUUGGCGUAACAAGUGUCUUCCGUGGGGACAUUCUCCCCUUGAAGUAAGGCUACUUGUACCGUCCUUGCUCUACUUAACUGCUGGCAAGGAGGCCAUCGUCGAGCUGCGGGAUUUAAAAACAGGCGAGUUGGCGAGUGACACAGAUCGCCUCUUCCUUGUCGCAUGCCCGGGAAAUGACUGCCCCCGCGUGGGGAUAGGGAAUGGGGAGGAAGUAGUGCGGCUCGAUGCAUGUGCGAAUGAACCUCCGUCCAAACCCGUAUACCUUUUUUCCGGAAGUGUGAUGCCUGAAGUUCUAGGCACAUAUGCGUUGUGCGCUGAGAGAGACUUGACUGGUAUUACGCUUGGAGCUUUCCCCAUAAUUGUUGUAAAGGAGCCAUUUGCCAUCACCGUGAUCAGUAUUUCAAAAAAUUGGGCAAGAGUUGAGGUGAGUGGUGGUGACCUUCCCAACCGCACCGUGCCUUGCUUGGUGUGCGCAUCUAGCACGCCUAUCACUCCUACUUCCUCUUCAAAUUUGAGGAAUGUGUGCAAUAGUAGUGCGUUGCUGUACGAUUCCUUCGUUGACCUCGAUGUAAGCAUGUUCAAUGUCGGUCAAGUCGUGAGGUUCGUCGUCUUUGGUGCAAGUGUGACGCUUGCUGGCAAUUCUCACAACUUUGUGGUGGCGGAUGGGAGUGCGGUUGUGAGCGAUCACUGGUCACCGAGUGGGGAAGAUGGAGACUCCAUUGCUUUAGUUGUGGGAGUCGCGCUUGUCCUCCUUGCGGUGGUAUCAGCGAUUGCGGUAUUCAUUUUUUUCUAUUGGCGAAGACAACUAAAAAAUAUGAGGGCAGGCUUCCAUGCGGAGAAUCAGUCCAGGGAGGCGUUAAGUCUGCUGAAUUCACAUCAUGCAUCGACGGAAGACCUCGCUGUGGCUGCUCCACCGCCUCCGUCCUCGACGAACAUGGUGCCCCCGGCAGAUGUCGGGAGAUCACACGACCACAUGAGAUGUUUCUGCGCAAAAGUGGCUGCGACUGCUGGUUCUUCUGUUGCCGUGGGAAAUGAGGCGAAGGAUUCGUCUGAGCCAUGUAUUGGCCCUUCUGUGCAUUGUGGGGUGAAUGGGAAUGGAGAAAUGGGCUGCAGUAGAGGAGGGGAGGCGGCUUGCCCUUGCUUUGGUCGAACAGUACGUCCAUUUUUGGAGGAUGCGUAUGAGACAGAUGUACGCAGCUGCAGAGGUGACAAUUCUCCUAAGGGCACACACAUGUCUGCUGCUACUCUUUUGAGUGGGAGGGAUUGCGCGUCCAACGCACCGCAGAGGUCAAUUUCUCCUUCUGAUGCGGCGUUUACUUCGUCCCCGGGCACUACAAGUUAUGAAGCCGCACAUCCUCGGGAAUGGAGGCCGGCUGGUUUUCCGACGCACAUCAAGCUCUCUCGUGGGAAUCAGCAAGGCAACACCUCGCGGCCACCAUGUGUUUUAAUGGCCUUUGCCUCCACGCCUGCAGAGAAUACCUCCGCUGAAUCUCGUGUCAUGUUUGUUGUAGAUGAGGCCUUGCAGCCAAUGAGUGGUGCGGUGCCGAAGUAUGUAUUAGUUUGUGCUGACACUGCUAGUGGCAUCGGCGCUUCCAAUGACAAGUGCUGCCGGAUUGAUCUUCGGACGCUUGUGGAGCACCAUAUGGACCGUGAGAAGGCUCUACCGCGAGGCACCUCACACACAAAAAGCCCAAUGAUUCCAUCAGAAAAUGAUUCAUAUCGUGCCUCUGAAACAAAAAGUGAGGCGCGACUGUCGCAACACGCUUCUGAAAUCACUGCACUGUAUGAUUUGAAUGAGUGGAGAAGCACUUCAUCUCCUUCAACGGAUAUACUUCCUGCAGAAGAGCCGCUGCCGCACGUGAUACGCGUGGAGAAUUUUGAGUGGUAUAACCAAACAGAAAUAGGAGACUUUCUCACUUUGAGUGGAACGGAAACCGACACACUUCCUUGCGGGUCCUCCAGCGAUGAUACGAAUGAUACACUCAGCACCGAGUCGUAG